CCCGCUGGCCCCUCUCCCGAGAGACGGCCGCCCUGCCCUCUGCCAGCGCCCAGCCGAGGUAUCAAGUGUCCGGGAGCCUCUCUCUGGCGGGGAGCACCUUAUCUCCCGGCGCCUCAGCGACAGCGCACCGCACAGUGGGAGCGGGACUCUCGGGAGGGACAGAUGCCGGAGCCGAAGAAACCAGCUGGCUUCACUAAGAAGCCCCAGAGCCAGACGGGGGCACCCGGAGGGAAAGCGGAGUUUGUGGCCGAGGUGGACAAGCCCAACGUGAAGGUGAAAUGGCAGAAGGGCGGGAAGGACCUCGUAGCCGGCCCCAAGUACACCAUCAAGGUCGAGGGCAAGAAGCACACGCUGGUCAUCAACGACCUGAACAAACAGGAUGACUCGGUCUACAUGGCGGUGUUGGGCACUGCCAAGGAGAAAUUUGAGCUGCAAGUGAAGGAACCUGCGAAGACCAAGCCUGUAGCAGCCCCUGCUGCAGAAGAGUCCACUGAACUCCCUGAAGAUGAUACGGCCCCUGAGGAUGCCCACCAACAACUCACUGGUCUCUUCAUUGUAAAGCCCGAAACAAAGAAUGUGAUUGCUGGUGAAGCCGUCACGUUCUUGGCCAAGGUGGACUCCUCCAGCCUUUUGAAGAAGCCGUCCAUCAAGUGGUUCAAGGGCAAAUGGUUGGAUCUGAAGAGCAAGGCCGGGAUGGUCUACCAGUUCAGGGAGGAAUUCGACAGCAAUGCAAAGGUCUACACGUACGAGAUGAAGAUCACGAAAGCUGACAAGAUAUGUGCAGGUAGUUACAGGUGCGAGGUGACCUCGAAAGAUCAGUUUGACAGUGUGGCGUUCGACCUGAACGUUGAAGUUGCAGAAGAGACUGGCCAUCUCCUGACAGCAUUCAAACGGACGGGAGAGACCAAAGAGGACGCAGGCGAGCUGGAUUUCAGUGGACUUCUAAAGAAAAGAGAGGCCAAAACUGAGGCUCCUUCAAAGGAAGAGGUUGAUGUUUGGGAAAUCCUGAAGAAUGCCAAGCCGUGUGACUACGAGAAAAUCGCCUUCCAGUAUGGUAUCACUGACCUUCGGGGCAUGUUGAAGAGACUGAAGAAGAAGAAGAAGGUGCAGAAGAAGAGUGACGCUUUCGCCAAGAGGCUGGAGAGUCAGUACCAGGUGGACAAAGGCAACAAAAUCCGAAUGAUGGUGGAGAUAGCAGGGCCCAACCUGGAGGUGAAGUGGUUGAAGAAUGGAAAGGAAAUCCGGCCAAGUGGCAGGUACAUCUUUGAGGUUAUCGGGCUGAAGAGAGUUCUGACCAUCAAGAACUGCACCCUGGCUGACGACGCAGAAUACGAGUGCAUUAUCGGAGAAGAUAAGUGUACCGCUGAGCUUUUUGUAAGGGAACCGCCUGUCACCGUCGUCGUGCCCCUGGACGACCAGCAUGUGUACGUGGAUGACCGGGUUGAGUUUGAAUGUGAGGUGUCAGAAGACGGAGCUGUGGUUGUCUGGUCGAAGGACGGAGUUGAUCUGACUCGAGAAGAUGCCCUGAAAUAUCGCAUGAAGAAGGACGGGAAGAAGCACACCCUGAUCAUCAACGAGGCCACCAAAGAGCACUGUGGCCGCUACAAGAUCAAGACCAAUGGGGGCGAAUCUGAGGCUGAUCUGAUCGUGGAAGACAAGGUCCUGAAGGUACUGCAGAGCUUCGCCGACCUCACAUUGAAAGCCCAGGAGCAGGCUGUCUUCAUGUGUGAGGUGUCUGACGAGAAGGUGAAAGGCAAGUGGCUGAAGAACGGAGUGGAGGUGAUUCCCAGUAAACGCAUCCACAUCACUCAUGUCGGCCGGAUUCAUAAAUUGGUCAUCGACAGUGUCACUCCAGAAGAUGAAGCUGAUUACACCUUUAUUCCAGAUGGUUACGCUCUCUCUCUUUCUGCCAAGCUCAACUUCCUGGAGAUUAAAAUUGACUACGUCCCCCGGCAAGAGCCCCCCAAGAUCCACCUUGACUGCACGGGCAGCGUGGUUUCCCAGAACACCAUCAUCGUGGUAGCAGGUAACAAGCUGAGGCUGGACGUUGAUGCCAGUGGUGAACCUCGUCCGGUGGUUACCUGGUUCAAGUCUGACCAGGAAUUCACAGAGACAGACGGACGCUGCCGUAUUGAGACCAAGGAGAACCAUAGCAGCUUUAUCUUGGAAGGAGCCCUGAGGGAGGACGAGGCAAAGUACAACAUUUUGGUCAAGAACCCAGCAGGCGAAGAUAAAGCUACCCUCUACCUCAAAGUUGUUGAUAUCCCCGAUCCUCCUGAGAACGUCAGGAUCACUGGCAUUGGAGACGACUGGUGCACAGCAACAUGGGACGCUCCGAAGUACGAUGGUGGUCAGCCCGUUACAGGUUACUUACUGGAAAGGAAAAAGAAGACCAGCUCGAGAUGGAUGAAGUUAAACUUCGAUCCCUUGGAAGAGCUGACCUUCACGGCCACGCGGAUGAUAGAGGGUUGUCUGUAUGAGAUGCGAGUGUUUGCCAUGAACGGGAUCGGUAUCUCUCCGCCAAGUAUUUCUUCAAGGCCAUUCAUGCCCAUUGGCACCACCAGUGAGCCAACGCACUUGGUGGUCGAGGAUGUGACUGACACCACCACCACGCUAAAGUGGAGAAUGCCGGAGAAGGUCGGUCCUGGUGGGCUGGACGGAUACCUGAUUGAAUAUGCAAAGGAAGGCUCCGAUGUGUGGAUUGCCGCCAACACGGAAUUGGUGGAGCGCCUGAGUUACACAGUCAAGGACCUUCCUACAGGGGAGAAAAUCUUCUUCCGUGUGCGGGCGGUGAACAUCGCUGGAAAGAGUCCGCCGGCUUUGCUGUCUCAGCCGGUGACCAUCCGCGAGAUUGUCCAGCAUCCCAAGAUCUGGCUGCCGCGGGUACUGAGACACACGCUCAUUAAGAAAGUGGGUGAGCAAAUAAAUAUUAUGAUCCCAUUCCAGGGGAAGCCGCGACCUGUGGUCACAUGGUUGAAGGAAGGGCAGCCACUGGACUCCAGCCAGAUCAGCAUCCGCAACAGCGACGUGGACACUAUCCUCUUCAUCCGGCACGCAGAGCGCGCCCACUCGGGGACCUACGAGCUCAGCGUCCAGAUUGAAGGCCUCGUUGACAAGGCGAAUAUCAAAAUUCGGGUUGUUGAGAAGCCAGGACCGCCGGAGUCCCUGAAGAUCACAGAUGUCUGGGGAUUCAAUGCUGGCAUAGAGUGGAAACCACCAAAGGAUGAUGGAAACUCUGAAAUCAUUGGCUAUACCAUUCAGAAAGCUGACAAGAAAACCAUGGAAUGGUUCACGGUGUACGAGCACAAUCGUAAAACCGGCUGCACCAUCUCUGAUCUCAUCAUGGGUAAUGAGUAUUACUUCCGUGUCUUCAGUGAGAAUAUCUGUGGCCUGAGUGAUAGCCCCCGCGUCUCAAAGGACACGGCCUUCAUCCAGAAAGAAUCCAAGAGCUACAUAAGGCCGGAGUACAAGGAGCACGAUUUUAGCCACGCGCCCAAGUUCACCCAGCCUCUGCUGGAUCGUUCAGUUGUAGCAGGUUACACGACGAAGCUGAGCUGCUCGGUUCGAGGCUUUCCCAAGCCGAAGAUUAUCUGGAUGAAGAACAAGAUGGUGAUUGGAGAUGACCCAAAAUUCCUGAUGAAACACAACCAAGGUGUCCUGACGCUUCAAAUCCGCAAACCUAGUUCCUUUGAUGGUGGAAACUACACUUGCAAGGCCGUCAACGAACUGGGAGAAGAUGAAGUGGAAUGCAAACUUGAAGUGAGAGUUCCCCAGUAAGGUGCUUUCUGUGCAUUGCAACGGCUUGGUAGCUUCAGUUCAGUUUUCCAAUGCAUGGCAACGGUCUUCUUGUGGCAGCAAAGGAUUGUGGGAGUAACGGCAACCUUCCCCCUGAAGCAGAUGCACCGACUCUCAUCUGUGUAACGACAGAAGUACAAUGCUGUUUCAUGUCGCCCAUAUAUAUUUUCAGGGAAAAUAAAACAAUUACACACUGA